GUGUGGAUUGAAGACGUAGCUCAAACACAGCUUCACCUACUUCGGGCUUCCGACGCUUGUAGCACAGUAGGUUGUUUACCUGCGGCCGUUUCAUUUGGGCAGAAAUAAUAAUGGAAGGACAAGUUUGCAACAUCCAGGUGCUUCUUCGGGCUGCCGAGUUUCUGGAGAGAAGAGAGCGAGAGGCAGAACAUGGAUAUGCUUCAGUCCGGCCUCUCAGUCCAACUCGGUCUGACAGGGGGAGCAAGCAGAAGAGCAAGAAGAUAUCUGCUGGUGGCAAUAGGUCAGUUCACAAUGAGCUGGAAAAAAACCGACGGGCUCAGCUGAGACACUGCCUGGAGCAGCUCAAGAAGCAGGUCCCGCUGUCCUCAGACUCCAUGAGGAACACCACUCUGAACCUGCUGAGACGAGCCCAGCUUCACAUAAAGAAGCUGCAGGAGCAGGAUGAGCGCGCAGAGCAGCUGAAGGACCGUCUGCGCUGGGAGCAGCGAGAGCUGCGGGUUCGGCUGGAGCAGCUGCAGAGGGGAACGGAGAGGAUGAGGAACGACAGCCAGGGGUCGACCAUGUCCUCCGAGAGGUCAGAUUCCGACAGAGAGGACGUGGAGGUUGAUGUGGAGAGCAUCGUGUUUGUGGACUCUGAUGGACUGAGCAUUACGCACACCGGUGCAGACCACUGUUACUCCAGCCUGGAAAAGGCCUGGCUAUGACGGCGGUAAACGUGCGGUAACUAGUUUAAUGUCGCCAAGCGGACAGGAAGAGGAGAAAAACAUUCCAAAAACAAAGGACGGGGGAGUAUGGAUGAAGAAGUUACUGUACAACACAUCUUUUUGGCAUUCUCUUGUCAGAUGUGUCAGCCGAAAAGCUCGUCAUUGGUUAUGAGUGAGAGCUGUCCAUUUGCACUGAACAGCAGUUAAAUUCUCUGGGCUGUGUUGUCACUAUACAUUACACACAUACAGUAUAUUCUAGCAUCAAUCAUUAAUAGUAUUUUCUCCCCAAAGCCAUGAGGUGUCAGACUUCCAAUGAUUCAUGCGGCUCUGUUCAUUCUUUUUUAAGGGCUUUUAAAAAUCAAAAUAAGGGCUUUUAUUCUCACCUUUUAACUUAUUCUUUACUACAGAAUGUCUGUACUGAAUUCUGCCUUAAAUCAGAUUUGGUUUAGUAUGCUAUUCAGCUUUUACUUAGCACUAAGCUUAUAUUUCAGUAUGCCACGUUUAGCAUGCACUUAAACAUUAAUCUGUGCUGUUUUUUUUUUUUUGUUGUGUUUUUGUCCUAUUGUAUAUCUAAGUGCAGUCAUAUACUUUGCUCCUUUUAUUCUAUUGCACAUAAUGUCCAAAUGUUGCACUUGUCUCAAAAAGAUCUGAAAACAGCAAACAGAAGCAGGUCAUAUUUGCACGUUGAUAUCAGGAAAUUCAGUAACAUUGCCAAAUAUGAAUUCGUACACAAUUCAGUCAGAACUUAAAACUGUGAGAGGAGCACUUAGGAGCUGCUUACGGAGGCCUAAUGAUAAUUAAGGUUUCCUAGAAGCGUUUAUCUUCAUUUAUGAAUUAGAUUGUUAAUUAUGCAUUCAACAAAUUCACCAGUCAGGCAGGCAAUUUAUACUUGUAAUGAUAAUGUAGUUGAUGCUGUAUUACAAGUAUUUUUCAUAUUCAUUUCUGUGCAUUUAAUAGGGGGUCGACCUAUAUUUUUUGUUUCUUUUCAGUUGAUAUUAUCAGGACACCAGUAACAGAUAUUUUAAAUUUUAGAUAAACAUAACACUUUGUUGAAAUGACUCUAUGCAUGCUACGGCUACAUAAACUAUGAAUUUGUUAUACUAAAUUGUAUCAAUGGAAAAACAAAAAAAAAAAGGUGAAUUGUUCCUUUUUCAGUGAAACUGGGAAAAUCACUAUGCUUGUAGUCAUAGAAACACAUCAUAGGAUUGCAAUGUUUAUUGCAACUUCUGCAAUAUCUGCUGCUUUAACAUGGAAACACAGCUCUGCUCUGCAGCAGGUCUUUGGAGCUGCUCCAAGCCUGCAGCUGCACUGCUCUGUACCAGUCAGUGUUGACAGGCUGUGAUUUUGUGAGCUGGUUUCAAACACACAUACAGAGGUAGCUGCAUCAGAGCCAGUCUGAUAACUGGUCGACCCCUAGUAUUUAAUAACUUAAGGUGCUCCCCCCCCCGCCCCGCAGUUGACUUUUGUAUAUGCAAGAGGCCUUAUUACUUUAUCUGUCUCUCCACCCAGUAAUAUUAUGUAGCAUUUUGUA